AUGUCAGUCCUCUUAAGAGUAGUUCAUCAUUAUGUAAGUGCUAAAAAUGUUGAUGAUACAUAUUAUUCAUCAAUACUUCCUGAAUCAAAUAAUCAACCAGCUAUAGUUGGAAUUCCAUUAGCUAAAGUUGCUAUUCGUUUGUAUUUGAAUAUAUAUACAACAAGUGAUGGUAAACCACCGAGUAAUAUUAAAAUAAUGAUUAAUGCUUGUUUUGAUUCAUCAUCAAUAAAUAGUGUAAGUAGUCCAAUGAUAGGUGGUCAAUAUUAUCGUAGUCCAAGUAUUUCACAAAUUCCAAUAGUAUCACAACAACAACCCUACUAUGAAAGUCCUGUUGCUCCAGAUAUGUCCGUGCCAACGAUGAAUGUCGAACAAUCAAGUAACAUCGUUGGAACUGUAAAUGUUUUAGUUGAUAGCAUGCCGUCGAACUCUGCUCCUCUUGAAACUAGUGAUGGCAGAGGUAUUUAUUCUGGUCUUCAAGUACCAUACGAUACAAAUGCUGGUUCGGUAGCAGUUGAUUCUUCUGGCAAUGGUCUUAAGAACAUUCCCUAUGAUAGGUCGAUGGAUAUGCAAGAACCAUCACCAUCACUGACUGGUACUGUUGAUUUUAAUGUUAAUAUCGACGUUCCAGCAAUGCCAUCAUCCGACAGUUACUCUUCAACGGCUCUUGAACAACCUCGUACACCUGUCAUUUCGUAUUAUUCAAGUUUAGUAUUAUCCUCACCAUCAUCUGCAUUCAAUAAUUUACCAUCAAUGACGCCAUCACAAGUUCCAGCAAAUUACUUUUGUUAUAAUAAUCUUCAAAUCGUUGGUAACAUUAAUGUUCAAAAUAUAUUUCCGCUCGAUAGUCUACAACAAACAUCUAUCUCUGACAUUAUUAACUCACAAUCACAAUCAUCAGGUUAUUCAUUUUCAUCAUUUCAUUAUCCCUAUCAUACGAUAGUCAUCAACUUAAAAGUUAAUAUCUAUGUUCAUACACUUACACUUGGAUCACAAUCCAAUGUACAACGAUAUAGUUUAAGAUUAUAUAAUCCUUCAAGAAAUGUUGAUGAUACAUAUUAUUCAUCAAUACUUCCUGAAUCAAAUAAUCAAUCAGCUAUAGUUGGAAUUCCAUUAGCUAAAGUUGCUAUUCGUUUGUAUUUGAAUAUAUAUACAACAAAUGAUGGUAAACCACCAAGUAAUAUUAAAAUAAUGAUUAAUGCUUGUUUUGAUUCAUCAUCAAUAAAUAGUGGAAGUAGUCCAAUGAUAGGUGGUCAAUAUUAUCGUAGUCCAAGUAUUUCACAAAUUCCAACAGGAUUACAACAACAAACCUACAUUGAAAGUUAUAGUGCUCCAGCAAUAUCAAUGCCAACUGUUCCAUCGGAAAAUAUUGUUCGAACUGUAGAUAUUUUAAUUGAUAAUGUGGCCUCGAGUUCUGGUCCUCUUGAAGGAAGUCUCUAUUCAAAUGUUCGUACACCAUAUGAUUUAAGCAGUAGUUCAUCUUCACAAAAUAAUAAUGUUCCGGAGUCGAUAAUUGCAACUGAUCCUAUUGACAGCGGUCGCAUACGAUCGGAACCAUUCAUUGCAAAUAUUGAUGUUAAUGUUGACAUUGGCGAAUCAUCGGUUCCAUCAGUUCAAAUGCAACAUCCCGAUUUUCCUCAACAAAUUCUCACUUCUGCUAUUUCAAAUUAUCAUAGUCCGAUGGUUGAGUCACCGUCACUUGUACUUAAUAAUUUACCAUUAAUGAUGACAUCACAAGUUCCAGCAAACUACUUUUGUUAUAAUAAUCUUCAAAUCGUUGGAAAUAUCAAUGUUCAAAAUAUAUUUCAUUUGGACGCUUCACAACAAACACAUAUCUCUGACAUUAUUAACUCACAAUCACAAUCAUCAGGUUAUUCAUUUUCAUCAUUUCAUUAUCCCUAUCAUACGAUAGUCAUCAACUUAAGAGUUAAUAUCUAUGUUCAUUCACUUACACUUGGAUCACAAUCCAAUGUACAACGAUAUGGUUUAAGAUUAUAUAAUCCUUUAAGAAAUGUUGAUGAUACAUAUUAUUCAUCAAUACUUCCUGAAUCAAAUAAUCAAUCAGCUAUAGUUGGAAUUCCAUUAGCUAAAGUUGCUAUUCGUUUGUAUUUGAAUAUAUAUACAACAAAUGAUGGUAAACCACCAAGUAAUAUUAAAAUAAUGAUUAAUGCUUGUUUUGAUUCAUCAUCAAUAAAUAGUGGAAGUAGUCCAAUGAUAGGUGGUCAAUAUUAUCGUAGUCCAAGUAUUUCACAAAUUCCAACAGUAUCACAACAACAACCCUACAUUAUUGAUUCAAGUGCAUCAACUAGUAAUCGAAUACCAUCACCACCACUGAUAGGAACCAUUGAUAUAAGUAUGCCAUCACCAAACAAACCAGUACCAUUUUCUCGUACACCUGGUCAAUGUUUUGAUCAAAUUCUUAUUAUCGGUGGUUCACAUAUAACUAUGAUUCGAUCACGCAAUCCUACACAUCAAAUUGUUGGUCCGGAGAUUAAUUUUGGUGGUACUGGUUAUACAUUUUCAUCGCCAAGUGAUACUUACGAAUUUGAAGUACAUUUUGCUCAACCAUUCACAAUGAAAUAUAUAUUUAUACCAUAUUCGGCUAAUGUAGAAAGCUUUAAAGUAGAAGCUUCACAUGCUGGAAUGUUAGGUGUAUUUACUUCUACCACUACUAAAGAUGGUGUAGUUGUAGAUGGUUUUCCAACAAUACUAGUAUCUAUGUUAGUAAUUACUAUUAUUCAUACUACCGAUGGAUACUUACCAAGUCAUAUUACACUCAGCAUUGAAGGUAAUGAGACUCCUGAAAUGACUGACUGUACACCUCAAUUACGUUUACUUGGAAAUCCUAAACAAGUAACACGAGUCGAUAUUAAAACUACAACAAUACAUAUAAAACCUAAUAAUUUAAUUAAUCCAAAUCAAGAUGGAAUGGAUUUUCCUACAACAGAAGAAUAUAUAAUCGAUAUUGUAUUAAGUAAAACAAUGGCUAUAGAUUCAAUAGCAUUAAAUUCUUUAAGUAAUGUUGAUAGUUUUAAAAUACAAUGUCAUAAUUCUCAUGGUUAUUAUCUUGAAAUUAAAUCUAUUAUUGGUUGGAAAACUAUUAAUGGUCUUGCUAAUACACAAGCUAAUUUAAUAAGAAUUAUUCUUCUUGGAACAGAAGAUGGUAAUCCACCAAAUCAUAUAUCAAUUAAAAUAGCUGCUUGCAUUCCAACAGGUUUACCAAAAAUUAUGAGAAGUCCAUUUAAACAUGAACAACAAGUUCCAAUAUCUGAAGAACAAUUUCAACCUGACGCACAAUCACCAACAUCUGUACAACUAACAGCAACUGUUGAUGUAGAGGAAGAUCAAGAACCUGUUAUGAAUAUAUUACCAUCACCUAUUCCUCAACAACCACCAUCAAUUGUUGAAUAUCAACCAUCGAUAAACCCACAAUCACAAUUCAUACAAAAUCAAAUUCCUGAAAGAAAUAUUCAAUCACAGACAAAUAUAGUGAUAGAAACGAUUCAAAAACCAUUAAUACAAACACAAUCGUCACCAAUUAUCUCACAAGUACAAGAAAACAUCGUAGUAUCACAAAUAACAAAACCAAGUAUUUCGUUACCACCUCAUCUUACUCGAUCACCAUCUGGAUAUACUUGUUCACACAAUUAUCAAAUAACUACUAGUGUUCAUAUUAACAAUAUUUAUACACUAUGUGGUUGUUCACAAUCAUCCAUCAUCGAUUCAUCAUCAUCAAAUUCAUUAUCCAGUAACAAUGGUUAUUCAUUUUCAUCACAUCAUUAUCCAUUUCAUACUAUUGUUAUUAGUUUAAAAUUUACUGGUUAUGUUCAAUCAUUAUCAUUAGGAUCAAAAUCAAAUGUUCAAAAAUAUGGUCUUCGAAUGUUUAAUCCACUUCGAAAUGUUGAUGAUACAUAUUAUUCAUCAAUUGAUUCAGAUACUGGUCAACCAAUUAUUUCAAAUAUUCAUAUAGCUAAAGUAGCUAUUCGUUUAUAUAUUAAUUUAUAUACAACAAAUGAUGGUAGACCACCAAAUAAUAUUCAAUUAAACUUUAAUAUUUGUUUUGAUCUUCGUUCAAGUUCCAAUGAUGAUGGAAGAGUUGUAAUGACAGAAAAACCUGAUACACCUAGUCCAAUAUUGAUGCCUGAACCUACUCCAUAUGUUCAAUACCAACAAGCUGUUUCACCAAUCAGUGUACAAGCAAUAGUUCUUACAAUAUCAUCACCGAUUAUAAGUCCAAUAGUUCGUGAAUCUGUACCAACCAUUUCACAGGAGACAAUUAUUAUUGAAUCCCAACAACCAGUAUUAGUUCCUACUCGUAAUCAACCUGUAAUCGAGCGUCCUAUUUCGCCUGUUGCUACAGAUACGAUUUUUAGCUCAAUUGUAUCAAUACAAGAACCAAUGAUUCAGAUGCUUCCAUCACCAAUUAUUGAGGCACAAGUAUCAGUACAAAUCAUUGAAAAUACAUAUCCAUCUCGUAUUAUUCCAAGUCGAUCUUUUGUGUCAACUCCUACUGAGCCUGAACUAAUACAACAAUCGCUUAUCAUUGAAAGACCAUUGGCAAGUGAUAUACUUCCAUCCGUAUCUGUGCAACUCUCGGUACCACAGAUAACAAAACCAAGUAUUUCAUUACCACCUCAUCUUACUCGAUCACCAUCUGGAUAUACUUGUUCACACAACUAUCAAAUAACUACUAGUGUUCAUAUUAACAAUAUUUAUACACUAUGUGGUUGUUCACAAUCAUCCAUCAUCGAUUCAUCAUUAUCAAAUUCAUUAUCCAGUAACAAUGGUUAUUCAUUUUCAUCACAUCAUUAUCCAUUUCAUACUAUUGUUAUUAGUCUAAAAUUUACUGGUUAUGUUCAAUCAUUAUCAUUAGGAUCAAAAUCAAAUGUUCAAAAAUAUGGUCUUCGAGUGUUUAAUCCACUUCGAAAUGUUGAUGAUACAUAUUAUUCAUCAAUUGAUUCAGAUACUGGUCAACCAAUUAUUUCAAAUAUUCAUAUAGCUAAAGUAGCUAUUCGUUUAUAUAUUAAUUUAUAUACAACAAAUGAUGGUAGACCACCAAAUAAUAUUCAAUUAAACUUUGUGAGUAAAAUCUAA